AUGACAGUCGCUGUGUUCUCGGUACACAUCCACACGCUCCUCCGUCUCUCUGUGGGAGUGAGUGCGGCAGCAGCGUGGUCUAUGGCAGCGGCUGUUGGUGCUGCGGAGAGGGACGAGGCGCUGAGGAACAAGAGAUCGAACCUGCUGGACGAGAUUACGAUGGCGGAUGAGAGCUGUUUCGUUGCCUUUGCUUCAUACAUUGAUAAGAGUGCGCCGUGUCGCCACCUGACGGGAUGCCUGCACUCGGCACCCUUCGAGGCAUUGUGUUCUUUCAUUCAGUGUGAUGUCACAAUCAUGAUGGCAGCACCUUCCCUCACCGGCUCUGAGUGUGACAAUACGAAUGACGGCAAAGAGAGCGAUGAGGAUUGUGGUGACGACUUGCACCGAGGGGUGGAUUAUCUGCGUGUCUUUGUACACGAAUACCAGGAGGGUUUGAAUGCCGUCUCCACAAUUCCCGGCCUUGCGCAACCGUUGGCUUUCGCGCUGUCACCCGCCGUAAUUAGUGUCCCAUGCGUUGAGGCUGAUCCACUUGCCGUGGAGUUCACGCAGCAGCUCUCGAGUGUUUGUGCUGCCAAUCCCGCGUUGGCCCUUUCGCAUGUAUCUCAGCGUUGCCUGGCGGAUGAUUUGAUGUCUGUGUUGUCCAGGCCGCCGCCUCCGGUUUUAUAUUGGUGCCCAAUAAGAAACACUUUGCGUUGCGGUGGAUGUUUAUUUGCGUGGCCGUCGAUGCACGUGACGAUGCUCAACGGGUGUGUCUUUUGUUUGGCUGGCACGAGGGAGACUUCGGUGUGUGCCGACGCCUCCGCGAAAGUCUUCGUCGACGGAUCGAGACGAAAAUGA